AUUAUUACAUAGUCAAUGAUUCAAAUAUUUGACAUUUUACACGUGUCGAUACAAACUAAUGUAUAUAUGUUACUAAUUAUUGAAAAGACAAAUGUUCUAUAAAUUAAAAAUAUAUUAAAACAAAACUGAUGCUUGAGAAAAAUGUUUGAGAGUGAUGAUUGGGAUCUUGAUCAGGAUUUCUUGAAUGACGUAGAUGAGGAAGUAAAUAAUUAUUAUUCUCAAAAGGAUAACCAAGAAAGUGAACCUAAAAAACGUAAAAUAGAUAUAAAUGAUGAUUCAAUUUUUUCAUUUGACCAUGAUGUAUCAUGGAAAAAAAGUACCACAAAUAAAAGUACAGAGAAAUGUGAUGAAAAUAAAGACUCAAGAAAGAAUUUAAUUCUUGAAAUAUUUAAUAAGAAUGAAUUUAAAAAUGCGUUCAGUGAUUUGGAAAAUUUAUGUGAUAGUACUUCAUCAAACACCUCUGUGAAUCAAGUACAAAGCUGUAAAAAUAAUCAAUUACCUAGGAAAAAUUUAGUACUUGGAAUACUCAAAAACAAAAAUAUACAGGAUAAAGUGAUAGAAAAUAAUACAAAGAAUUUAGAGUUAAAAAAAGCUGUACCAAAAAUUAAUGAAAAGUUAGAAAAUACAGUAUUCAAUAAUGAAAAAAAAUGUCAAAUCUCUAAGACUACUUCUAAAAUUGAAAAUAGAUCAAGUAAUGAUAAUGCUAAACCACCUUUGUUUGAGAAUUCAAAGAAACAAUUACUGUGUAAUGUGUUAAAGCAGAACCCUAUAGACAAUAUACAAGCCAAAAAUAAUAUUACAAAAAACUAUUUACCUAUAUUUAAACCACAAAUAGAGUCUAAUAAGAAGAUGACAUUAAUCAGAAAAUUUCCUGGUCCAGCUGGGUUAUUACCAGAUGAUAUAGACACUAAUAUAUCAUGUAUUUCAUAUUUAAAUAGUUUGGAAGAAAGUGAGAUGACAACAAAAGAGACUGAUUCAAGUAAUCUAUCUGAAUAUUGUUCUCAAAAUACAAAAAAUCUAUUUACAGAAGGUCCUUGGCAAUUAAUGUUGGGUGAUUUACCAGAUAAUUUUCUGAAAGGUCAUGAUAUUGCUACUACUAAACAAAUAGCAAAUAUGAAUGGUUUCAAUAGUACAAAAGUUAAAUUUUUGGCAGGAAUAAUAGAACAUAUAGACUAUAGUCAUGAUAAUCCCCCUAUUGUUUUGAAAGAUUUCACGGAUAAAAUUCAUGGAAUUGUACAUAAAGAUAUACCACUUAAAUAUCCUGAUUUGUUAGAACCUAAUGUUGUUGUACUAUUACAUGAUGUAGGCCUUUUAAGAACUUCUGGAACUUUUGUUUUGAAUAAAUAUCAAAUUCUAAUUUCACCCUCCAGUUUGUUAGCAAUUUAUACUAGCGAAGGCACAAUAGAACGUACAGAGUACAUGGAAGCAAUUUUUGGAAAUAUUUCAGAUGGUAGAAUGAAGACAGAAGGAAAAGAGAAAGCAAAUUGCAUUUCUGCAACAGCUUUGGAGGCACACCCAUCAAAAGGUGAUAGUCAGUUUAUUGAGAAAAACAAUAGCAAUAAUAAAAAGCCAAUAUAUUUCAGAAAGAAUAUAGAAAGUGUUACUAAAAAAGAUUCAAGUUUCUCUACAAAUUCGAACGAAAUAGACGAAAAUACAGACGAACCAAUGGAUUUUGACACUGAUGUAUCUUUUUCAGUGUCUUUCAAUAAAAUUACAGACACACAAAUUGAAAAGAAUUUUAAUACUUCAAUGUCUAAAAAUUUAGAGCAUGCAAAGGAAGAAAGUAAGAAACAAAAAUCUAAACUGUCACUAACAAAACAAAAGGAUAACAUACAGAAUGAUGAUAUAGAAAGAGCUAAAGAUUUAUUAAGAUCUUUAAAAAGAUCUACUCCAGAUAUAAAUGAGAAAAAAUUCUAUUCUCGUAAUUUCAAAAUUUUACAAACAAAUGCUGAGCAUUCAACAGCAGCAAAUACCUCUCUUAAACGAACUGAGUCUGACAAAUUAAAUGAUAUGUUGUUUGAAAAAAUAGGUAUUGAUAAAUGCACAGAAAGAACUGUUUCUUCAGCUUGUCAUAAAGAAGUGGAACGUUCUUCUCCUUUUAUACGAUCUAAAUUACUGCAGUUUAAAAAUGCUGAUACACUAACACUUCCAGAAAAUUCUGCAUCUACAGCUACAUUAGAUUCACCGAAAAUACCUGAUAAGUUGGCAGAAAAAGAGCUUCUCGGAACUUCAAAAUCUAUGUGUGAUAUAUCUCGCGAUACCGAAAAUGACUCUGACGACGAAAUGUUAUCUCUGUUAGAUAUGGACAUCAUUUUCAGCAAUUACAGUAAUAAAAAUUAAACAUCGUUGACACAAUGUCGUGGACAACUUAACAGUUCGUUGAAAAUCGAAAAGUUUUGGAAGAUUUUAUAUUUACAUAUAUUUACAUUGCGUUACUUACAUGCUAUUGCAGAAAUAAGGUACUUGUAAAUACUACAUACUUCAAUUUUUUGUACAUAAAAGAAUAAAUAUAUUUUUUUACUUUAAACAGAAUAUUGCAAAUGCAGAAAUUCUUCAACAUAAUAAUAUAAAAUAUGUUAAUAAAAUCAUGAGUAUGAAUUUACAUAUUUAAGUAUAUUUCACUAAUACGAAACAGACAAUUAGAAACAAGAUACUAAAAUUAACUAUUGUAUCAUUGUAACAUUAAAUAUUCCAUGCAUUCUUAUCUCAUAGUUCAAGAUUCUUUAUUCAUUAACUUCCAGAUAAACGUUGUUUUACUGACAUAAAUGAUAGCUUUGACCAAGAGAAUUCUCAUUCCUGUUAUCUGCUACUGAAUAUCAUUACAAUCUUCAAUCGUAAAUCGGUCGAUCGGCAAUUAUCAGCAUUAUUUUUAUACCGACUUCGGAAAUCCAUUUACAAAAUUUUUCCAAUUUGUUUAUUGUGAACUAUUGUUAUUGCAAAUGACCUAUUAUUAUUCACCCAUUUUAUUUCAUUAUGUCUGAUAGUUUCUUCACAAACUCGUCGGUGGAAGCGAUAAGAUUGGGCAGUUGUCCAAAUUUUUUACACGACUGAGAGCAACGUAGAUCUUGGUGAAAUUUUUUUUGCCAAGAUCAAUUACUCUAUUUAGCGUAGUCUCUUGUAAUUUAUAUACCGUUACUGUCCAACUUAGAAUUAAGGGUAAUAUUCUUCGCUCAAUUUCUCCAUAACCUUCGUUGUUACUACUGGAGAUAUUGAAAUGUAGCUAUCAGUAUCUUUGAAUCUGCUUGCAAUGGAUUCACCGUCAAAUUAUGUAAGUACUAAUACUCCGACAAUUUUCCCACUUUUAGCUGAUUUCUUCGAAGUGCUGACCAUGUAAAUUCAUUUACGAUUUCCAUUGUGUCGUUUAUCAAACCAUCAGAAAUUGAUAUGUUUCGUCCCAACAUAACUCGUGAUUCCUUGGCUGAUUUUAUUGUAUGCAAUGGUCCUCUAGAAUUACUCCUUCCUCGUGUAUUGCAUUCAAAGCAGCAGCCUGCGAGCGCUAUUUCAGUAAUUUACUCUGCAUGAGGAAAUUGUUCGACGAUUGUGAUUUUCAAUAUAGGCUUCAACUCGUGUUUCCGCCAUAAAAAACAUUAUUCUCCAGAUUCGUUUAAAAGGAUUAAAAAUUGAAAUAAAUAAUAAAUAGAUAAAAAUAAAUGACCACUAAUACACUACUAAUAUAUAAUCGCUAAUAAUAUAUAAUACGCUACCAAUAUAUAAUCUGUUUCUAUUUAUAAUUAUACAACAUCGAUAAUUGUAAUGAUUGUAUCUUAAGUUAGUGACUAGCUUGAUGUACACAUAAUUUCCUUAAUCUGUCCACUAUUAAUACAUUGAGUGCAAUUUGUAUCCGCUCGGAUACAAGCGAUGCUUACUAAUUUGACCAUUAUUAAAACAUGUUCUUGGUGACAUUGUGCUAUAAUAUAUCGCAAUUUAAUGCAAUAAAAUAUAAAUUUGUUGAAAUUUGAAUCAUAUAAAGAUCGAAAUUUAUUAAUAUAGACCUCAAGUAUUGCUAAACUAGAAACAUUUCACGGCAUUUUGCGUCGUCUUCGAAAAGGUUGCAAUAUAUUGAAUAUGUUGUGCUGUAAUUAAGUAGGUGACUUGAACCAUUAUUGCAUAUGUGCCCGAAUAUAAUAUAAAUAAAAAAGAAAUUAUUUUAUACUUUUUAGCGCUUUUAGAAGUGGAUAAUAUGUUUUUUUGCGAAAAAUUUGUUAUUUAAAAAAUACUGUCGGGGAUGUAUUUUGCGAUAUUAGAUUAGAUACUUUUCAAUGGAACUAUCUUAAUAUUUUUUAUUUAAUGCAAAUUACGUUGAAAGAGAGAUAACUAGUGAAAUUUGGAAAUAAUAUAGGCGAUUAAAUAUUUCGAGGACACUUGAAGGUGCAGACUUGCAUCAGCAAUGAUCUUAAUUUCACUGACAUUAGCCUGGAUAUCAGCCCUCGCCGAUCACAAGCGUAGGACUGAUGAUGCAGAAUCUUCAUAAGUGAGAUCUUUAUAAUACAACCCGCAUGUACGCCAAUGGGGAUCUAUUGGAUCAACCUUGAUAUGCCCUGAUUAUCCGAUGGUAGGCAUCUAGGCGUACGAUCGUGUGAUUAUGAAGUGCAAUUUACUCGCAUUAGUUUCGUGAGGCAGAUACCUGCGUUACAAUAAAAUCAUACAGCAUAUGAGCAUGCGGGUGAAAACACGUAAAUGAAAAUUAAUUUGUGAUUACACGAUCCGCUAGUUAAACCAGAAAGUAAUGCAGAUAUCUGAUCUUAUGAUAAGAAAGCAACAAACAUCAUCGACGCGAAGAGUGGAAAUGAUGAUUUCAGAGCUAAUUCCUAUUCAUUGUACUUUGAAUUAUGAUAAUUUACUUUUUCGCUUCCUCUUUUCAUGAUUGAUCUGAAAAUUUCUAAAGAAAUACAAAUUUUUAAUCUUAUAACUGAUCUGAAAAGUGUUUUUCUGUAGGUAGAUUUUCCAAUGAUUCAUAUUCCAUUCCAUCGAUAAAUUUUAUGUUGAACGAAGUUUAAUCUCUAAUCUCGCCCUCAGUAUUGCAAAAAAUUCCAUAUAAUUAUGUACUUACGUAAGAUUUCAAAUAGAAUCAAAAGAAUUUUAAAUUACAGUCAGAGUCUUUUUUGCAGCGUUUUCUAAUUAGAGAGUAAUUUGUAGCUUUCCAGACAUAUACUGAUGAUUUUCAAGAAUGUUUUCAAUGUGGUAAUUUAUGGACCUUAUAUUUGUUCUAAUAAAACAAAUGUCUAAAGUAUGUGCAAAUGUACUUCAUUAUUGAUUUGAGCUCAUUUAAUUCAUUGUUUUGUUGUACCUGCAAAUAUAAAUUGCGCCAUUUAUAAAUUUAAAGAGACAUUCGAUAAGCUUGACUGAUUAAGGUGUAAACGAGACAGUAAUCUUGUAAGGGUAUGCAAUGCAGAUACGCAGAUUCGUCACAAAAUAUUUAUUUUGUUUAGAAAACGUUUAAGAUCGGAGCACUGUCGUCGUGAUCUUCUCUCGAUUGAUUGUGAUUUUUAUAAAUACCUACAUUUGAUUGAUUAAAAGUUUUAUUCUUAUAUUA